CUACCUUUAUGAUAACUAGAAUCAAAUAUUCUCCAGGGAGAUACUCAUACUCGCAACUAAUCAUCCAAUACAGUCAGAUAUUUUUAGGUAAAUCCGUCAGGUAUACUCGUCGAGUGGAAUAAUAAAUGGCGAACGAUCAAGAGAACCAUACGAAUAUUGUGAGCCAUACUUCCUUAGAAAUCGACGAAGAUAUCAGCGUUAUCGCAAUCAUUAAGCGAGAUACAUUGUCUGGAACGUCGAAGAAAAUCAAAUCUACCUGCAUGAAUGCGAUAAGCAGCGAAGACAAAGCCGAGAUGAUCUUGAUGGAUAAACCAGUAAAGCAACAGAGAAAGAGUGCCAACCUAGAGAAUACUCAAGUGAUCGAAUUGAGCGAUAAAAAUUCUAAAAUGAAAUUGCGGAAGCAAUUCAAAGUCGAGAUGAACAGUCCAGAAACGUCAGAAACAAUUCAGCACUUAUCUGGGAGCAGUAUCAGCGAGAAUUUGGAUAUUUUGGAAAAGUUGCCACCAGGAACGAUAAUUAUUAAACAGGAGAGUAAUAAAAGUUUUAAAGAAGACGGCGAAUAUAUUCAUGAAUCUUCCAAGGAUUCUACUGAGACUAACAGCAGCUGCGGUAGCAGCACGUCUGGAGCGGCUGAAAAAUCAAAGAGAAUGCAUCGAGCACGCAGGACGAAAAAAACUGUCGAAGUACGUCGGAAUCCUAUGCGUGGCUCUAAGAAGAACGUGGACAAGGAUUUCCCACGACCAAGACAGAGACUCUUAACAGCCAAGAGAAAGGAAAAUCCUAUUGAAUCGGAAUCAAGCAAAAGGACCAGAGGACCUACCAUGCCCUAUAUGAAUACUAGAUCUGUCACGAGGAAAUUAUAUACAGUAGGAGCCACGUAUCAAGCGCCAUCUAUAAAGGAUGAAACAGAGUGGAAAGAAUGGCCGGUUCACGGGAUGCACGAGAGACCGGCUUUUCAUCCACAGGCGGGUUUAGCUGCUGAAUAUAUCGGUCGCUACUUUACAACUUUAGACGGACGUACUUAUCGGGAAAUAGUGGAUCAACCUGAAAUUGAAGUUGUAUCAGUAGAUCCGCAUCCAGAAAAAAUGUCAUUGAUGAAUUCAAGGAAAAGAAGUGCAAAGGGUAAAUUAAAAUGUCGCGAUCCUCUCAGUAUCGAUCCUGAAGAAGUUCCAGCGACUGUCGAAGAAUCAUUUGAUGUAUGUAUGCACAAUAGUCUUCAUUCUGUACUUGCUUACUGUGCUCAAAAAAAAAGGCCGGCUUAUCAGGAAAAUAUGGAAGAGAAAAAUGAGGUUUUUAAUAAGUCUGACCCAUUGGGUGUGACGGAUAUGAAAAAUGAUGCCAAUCUCGUCUCCACAAAGGAGUCUGAGGAAACUUCAAGAACAGGUAUUGGUACUGCUGAAGUUAAAGAGAAGGAAUAUGACGUACAAGAAAAAGAUUUUGAAAAUUUUAUUCUAAGGGAUGAUAUGUAUAAAAAGAAAAUGGAUAGUGUCAUAGGAACGGGAUGUUUUUCCAAAAAAGAAAUAUCCAAAGAUAUACCAAACGAAUUAAACUUAAGGACACUGGAAGAUUCAACUAUAAGCGAUGAAACUUUAAUGGAGAUGUCUUCUAUUUACACGAAUUUGAUACCUACUGAAAGAAAUAUUUCGACUGUUGACAAUUCCUUAAGCAGAAACACAGUUCUUACAAAGCGUGUACUAAAACCUAUUUUUUUAAAUAAUCCAAAUCAAUCAGCAAUUGCCAUAGAUCUUUCUCUUAAUUCUCAAAGACGUCUAGAGAGCCAUAAGGUUCCUGCUUCGUCAAAAUUAAUUAGCGAUGGUUUUUCACUUCAAUAUCAGAACAGCAGUAAUAAAAUGAUAAGGAAUUACGUUCCGCCAAAUUCCAGUCCCAAUGUAUCCUUCAAUUCAAACGAAACUUCGGAAAUAGCACGAAUCUUAUCGGAUUACAAUCAAAGCUUAAAGAAACCUGGCGUGGAAAGUGUUUAUCAGUCAUCUUCAAAAAUGCUAAAUGCUGAAGUCCUGCGCACAAAAUUGAAACAACUUAAGACUCAUUAUUAUCAUAAAAACGUUACUGGAUCAGGAAAUGAGUUGAUAGAAUCAAAAUUUCAGCAGAGAACGUCAAAAAAUCGCUCUUUGGAAAAUAAUACCGAGUCACAAACAACAAAGUUAUUGAAAUUGGACGACGAAACUUUUCACAAGAAAGUGGACGUUAAACGUCCAGAAAGUAACAGUGAUAUGUCUGAGAAUAUUGAUAAAACAAAAACAAUAAACUCGUUGAGUCCCAAGACUGAAAGUCGUAUGAAAAAUAAAGAAAUUAAUAUCAAAGAUAAUUACGGCAUAGAACGUAAGGUAGAAUGGCUCGAAGAGUUACUUGAAAAUACAGCAGUGCUGUAUUGUGCUGCAACCGGUGUACAUCAAAACGAUUUAGCCGAAUACAUUGAUACACUGGAUGGGCAACAGAGUAUAAAUUGGCUAGAGACACAUGAGGAGUCCAUAUUGUAAUACUAUGAAUUUUUCAAGGAAUAUGUAUUA